CUAUGGUCUAGUCUGACUUUCUAGUUCUUUUUCGUUUUUCAACAUGUAUUUUUUGAUGUUUUUGUAUUUUUUAUACGGACUAUUUUUUUUAACUCAUCAUUGUGAAGAGUGUAUAGGAUUUUGCACAGUCGAAUAUAAAACUCUUUCAUGUUUAGUUCCAUUUAAUACAGUAGAAUAGUUUGGUCCGGUUUUCUGAUUAAUGCUUCUGUUUUUAUUAUAAUUUAAUCUUAUAACCAAAAUUAACUCUCUCUCUCUCUCUUUUUUUAUUGAUUACAACAUUGAAACUUUAGAUGCUAAACAAAAUUCCGAGUCCACAUUAAAUUUAUCAAAUAAUAACAACAACAGCACAAGUGAUACGCUCAACAAUAACCACAGCAACAGCAACAAUAAUAAUUCCGGCAAUAAUACUAUACGUAAUUCAACAACAUCGUUAAAUACCACAACAGUCAACACCACCACAAAUUGUGCUCUUAAUGGUAAUGACAUGAUAUCUCCCGUAGUCAUGGCCAAAUUCUUAGAAGAUGAAUUAAAGGCUGGUGAAAUUAAACACUGUGAUACUUGUCAGUGUUCCAAGGACCUAACAGUGUUGGCCGAUGUAUCACGCUCAUAUUCGGUGGCCACGCAAACUCCAUUCGUUAUAAAUUCCAAUAGCAGUAAUGGUAAUCUCAAUGAUUCAAUGGCUCAGCUAUGUUUGAGAUGUUAUAGCAAUCUUAACUCGCCUUCACGCACAAAUAGUCCGUUCACUAAAAAUCUUCUUAAAUCUAGUGAUUCGGUAAUAUCGGAAACGAAGAGUUCGGUAUCGGAUCUUAAUGAAAUGGAUAAAUUGUUUACGCCUGCGAAAAAAGAUGAUUUAAUGGUUAAUCCCAUAUUGGGACAUCAUCGUUUGUGUGAGCGUACUUCUCUUCUCAAAGGAGUGCAGGGUCAAGCUGGCCAAACGGCUAAAACUUCUUACAAUACAAUUUUAGACAAUAUGAGAACCUUAAAUGGAUAUCAGAGACGUUUUAUAGAUGGCGGAGGUACAGCUCUGGAAUUGUUGGAGGAACGUUCUAAACUUCUGAAUAACAAAAAACAUUCUCUGAAAAUGAUUACUCACGAAGAUAUAAACGGUAAUGAGGAUUUAGAAGAUGAGGAAAAACCAUUAUUGGGUUCUAAUAUGCUGCAGUCUAAUCUCAUGGACGCUGAGCUGGAGGAAAGGGAGUCCUUAAAGAUUAAGAGUAAAUUAAGAACAGAAAGUUCAUGUGAACUAGGAGUGUCAUCCAGGGAUCCUAUUAAAUCUCCCACAGCUAGUACUAAAAGUGCUUUAGAUCCCAAGGUAACAAAUGGACUGUUAAAAACACAGAUCUCUGGCAGUGUGAAUAGUGUGUGGAGUAAGUCGAGCAGUUGUGAAGGUGCUAAAAUGUUUGAAAAUUUCAAUCGAAAUCUUAUAAAAACAAUAAAGGUAGGUUUUUGGUAUUAAAGUAAUCCUUUAUGUUGUGAGUGGUUUCGAAAAAUUAACUAAACUAGA